AUGUCACUAACCACCCAGGUGAAAUUGACACUCUGCGAGAAGCUGGACAUCUUGCCGGCCGUCGCCAGCAUCAUCGUCGCCGCCUUUUAUGCUCUCCUGACGGGCUUCUGGCGCACCGAGCGCCAGGCCAAGUCCCUCCUCCUACAUUUUGGCUAUGCCAUCAUGCGCAAAUCCACCCAACGCUUGACGGCAACCCAGAUGCAGUUCAUUCUACCAGGCUCCACCAAGAUCUACGAUCGCUUUGCAAAGAAGGCAGGCUAUGAGCCGCACACCGUGGAAUUGAGCCAUGGCGCUACCGGCCACUGGAUCGGAGACCCCAAUGCGACAAACGUUCUGAUCUGGUAUCACGGCGGUGGAUUCUGCCUACCCUCCAAUCGUGGCUACAUCAAUUUCUACGCCCAACUCGUCCGCCAUCUCGAGGCAACUGGGAAGAGUCUAGCCGUGUUCGCGCUCACAUACACUCUCGCACCUACGGCCACGUACCCGACGCAGCUGAAACAGGCCGUCUCAUGUGCGCGCUACAUCCUCGCCCAGCCAAACCGUGACCCUGCAACUGUCUUCUUAGGCGGCGACUCGGCCGGUGGAAACCUGGCCUGCGGCGUCUUGUCGCAUCUCGCCCACCCCCACCCCCAAAUCGAGGCCUUGCCCCUCGAUAGUAAGCUCGGUGGCGCUAUCAUGAUCGCGCCAUGGACUCUCCUGGACGCCGAGUUCCCGGACCAAGAUAUUUAUUCGGGUGGGGACUUGCUUACACCACAUGUUGCUGGGCCUUGGGCUACGGCUGUCUUGGGCCGUGCGCCACGAGACAAUUAUACGGAUCUCUUCCAUGCUCCAGCGGAUUGGUUCUCUACGUUCCCUGUUAAGAGUGUGCUUAUUACGGGGGGUGGUAAUGAGAUUAUGUUGCCGAUUAUUUUGGAGUUUUCGAAGAAGUUCAAGGCCGGGUUUGGGGAUGUGGAAAUGUUUGUCGGCCAUCGCGAGUGUCAUGUUGCGCCGGUUUAUAAUUUUAUGUUGCAUGAUAAUUCGGAGACGGAGCAGGGGAAGAAGAUCAAGUCGUGGCUUGUGGAGCUUGCUCACUAG